AUGACCAACAAUUCUUGUCGUAAAUCACUUAUUAGCGUAAAUAACGAACUUGUGAGAAAAAUUCUUGAAGAUAAGUUUACUUUGGCAACCACUUCAUUCUCCAAUGUUUAUCUUGGAGCUUGGGAGGGAAAGAACGUUGUAGUUAAAUUCUUUCAUGAGAAGCACAAGCCUCUAGCCCAAAAAGAAUUAUCACUUAUUGCUCAACUUGAACAUGAAAAUAUUAUACAUUUGAUUGGUGCCGGACCUUCAUUUCCAUUGGAUUGUUCUUUCUUGAUCCUCGAGUAUGCCAAUUGUCAUUCAUUACAAAACGUUUUGUAUGACUUCUCUGGAGUUCAUUAUAACCUGGUUAAUACUUUGAAUUGGAUAUUGCAAAUUAGUCGGGCUUCAGACUAUUUACAUCGUUUAUGUUCCCCCUCAGUUAUACAUGCAGAUAUAAAACCUUCCAAUAUUUUAGGUUUUGAUAGACUGCGUUUAGUUAAAUUAGGUGAUUUUGGAUCAUCUAGAACUACUUUGUCUGACGAACCUUCUGUUUUUGGAACUCUGUGUUAUAUGGCCCCAGAACUAUGGACAGUUCGAAGUGGUGAAAAAUUACCAUACUCAGAAAAAUCUGAUGUCUACAGUUUAACGGUUACAUUUUGGGAAUUUCUAGCUCGUGAACCCCCAAAUAAAAUCCUGAAAAGACGUGAUGUAGCAGACAAGUUUUGGUCUUCUAUUACUCAGCGACCACCUACAUUAGCUGGGUGUCCUGAACUACUAAGCAUUAUUAUUGAGAGUGGUUGGGCUGUAAAUCCCAUGAUUCGACCUACAAUGUUCCAACUGAGCAGAUGUUUGACUUCUAUAAUUGAACAAAUAUUUCCAGUAGAUAGCAUUAUCCAAGGUGUUGAUAUCCCUGAUGACUGUUUAAACUUUUUAAAGAAAUUGUAGAAUAAUGCACCUUAAAAGUGUAUAUAGUUUGAGACAAUGUUCCCUGUUUUCCUAAACUUCCAAGUACAUGUGAAAUAAUCUUACAGUAUCCGUUGGGUUAGCUGUUUAUCAUUCGUUGGAAGACUUCACUAACCGUACAGUUCUAUUCCAAUAUAUGUACUUUUAAUAUUCCGUAUUGUGUAAACUAUUUUUUAUUCCUAACCCAAGUUGAUUUUCUAUACUAUAAACUGGUUUAGGUCAG